GUUGCCACAAGUCCCAGAAGCAGCCAACAAGUUCGAAGUGGAACUUCACGACGAGAGCUUUUCCCAAAGCACAACGCGCGAGCCACGAGGCGAUGGGCCGCGAGCUCCACGCAAGAGGCAGCCAGAUCCUUCUCCCCAAGCCUCGGUGCCCAGUCUUCCCGCCACUGAAUCGGACGUUGACUUUGAGUCAGUGGCCAUGCAGCUGCGAGGCAUUCAGGAAGAGCAGGCGCAAGCCACAGGUUUAGACGACGCUGCAGAACAGUUUCUGAGGCAGGUGAACCCUCAUCGAACUGAGACGUCGCGAUGGGCCGUGCAGCGGGAGACCGCGGCGCUUGCCCACGAGAAGCGCGAGGAGCAAGUGUUGGUUGCUGCUGUGGCUGCGGCCCAGGCCGAGGCAGAAGAAGUUGCAGCGCGCAGCUUCGUGGCUCGCUCAGCCGAGGUCCAAGCCGAGGUGCGAAUGCUUCGUCAGGAGCAGGGACAAGCAGCGACGGCGUGGAUUGAAGCCGAGGCUGCCAGCUCGAAGCGCGAGCACCUCGGCUCCCAACUGGCCGUGGCCAAGAGUCAGACCCAGGAGCUCCAGGUAAGAAGCCGGGAGUUGCUCGUGGAACUGGACGCCGAGAGAGCGCAGCAGCAGGCGACACGCAGCGAGCGAGAUCAGCUGAACUCCGAGCUCUCAUCUGCAGAGAGCCACGCCCAGGAGCUCCAGGUAAGAAGCCGGGAGUUGCUCGUGGAACUGGACGCAGAGAGAGCGCAGCACCAGGCGGCCCGCGGAGAACGAGAUCAGCUGAACUCCGAGCUUACUUCCGCGGAGAGUCACGCCCAGGAGCUCCAGGCAAGAAGCCAGGAGUUGCUCGUGGAACUGGACGCUGAGAGAGCGCAGCAGCAGGCGUCCCGCGGAGAACGAGAUCAGCUGAACUCCGAGCUUACUUCCGCGGAGAGUCACGCGCAGGAGCUCCAGGUAAGAAGCCGGGAGUUGCUCGUGGAACUGGACGCAGAGAGAGCGCAGCAGCAGGCGUCCCGCGGAGAACGAGAUCAACUGAACUCCGAGCUUACUUCCGCGGAGAGUCACGCCCAGGAGCUCCAGGCAAGAAGCCGGGAGUUACUCGCGGAACUGGACGCUGAGAGAGCAAAGCAGCAGCAGGCGGCACGCGGAGAAGGAGAUCAGCUGAACUCCGAGCUUUCUUCCGCAGAGAGUCACGCCCAGGAGCUCCAGGCAAGAAGCCGGGAGUUACUCGUGGAAUUGGACGCUGAGAGAGCGCAGCAGCAGGCGGCACGCGGGGAGCGAGAUCAUUUGCACUCCGAGCUCGCUUCCGCAGAGAGCCAGGCUCAGGAGCUCCAGGCAAGAUGCCGGGACUUGCUCGCGGAACGGAAUGCCGAGAGAGCUCAGCAGCAGGCGGGAAGCCACGAGCUGCAGCUGCAGCUAGAUGCCGUGCUCGCGCGCCGUAGGGCGGCUUGGUGGAAGCACCUGCAAGUCCUGGAGCUGCGUAUCCAGCGGCACUCCUCGGCUGCUGUACGCAGAGCCGUCCUCGCAGCGUGGAGGAGUCGCAGUGCUGGGGCAGAGAGCUGCAGGCGACGUCAGCUCUUGGAUGGGCACUGGGUGCCUUGGGAUGAGCGACGGCUGGGCCGAAACUUUCGCUCCUGGGCCGCGGCUGUGUUUGCAAUCAGACGCCGCAGAGCCCUGCUGGCUGUGGCUGUGGAGGUGUCGGCCGCCAUGCGCACGCGAGGGGCCCGAUUGUGGGCCUGGAGGGCCUGGCAGCAGGUUCUUGCAGAUGCGCCCGUGCCCACGUGCACCAGUGCUUCCCAGACACCAGGCCAGGCCCCCGGUACCUCCACGAGCUCCGUGCAAACUGCGCCAGGCGUGCCAAUGUGCUCCGUGGCGCAAGUUGACCCAGGCUCCCCCGUCACAAAUUCCUCGGUGCAAGCGGCCCCCUUGGAUACCGACGUCGCCGUGCAAACAGGAGAUGAUUUGCAGCCACAGUUGUCUUUUCAGGAGACUCCCGUGAUGUACACCAUCGAUCUGGAAGCCGACGAAGUGCGCCGGAAAAGGGUGGCGGCUCCUCCCCAGCAGGCGGACGGAGGUGACGAGGUGACGGACUGGCUUAGGUGCGUCGACGCAGCCGCGACUGCGCGCAUACCUCCGCGUGGGCCAUCCUUCGACGAGGAAGAGCUUCAGCUAGCCAGCGCGAGCUCGCGGCUGGAACGUCCAAUGACGGUGGAUACGGGUGCAAGCGCUCAGGGGAGGGGAAGUUCCCGCAGCCGCGGCGUGCGAUCGGCACAUGCUACCCCGAGGAGAGCCACCUCGCGGACGGCCGCGCUAUUGGCGCAGACGAUGUCGUCACCAAGGCCGGCGCAGCCGCCUCCAGGCCCAGUCCGUCGGAACUCUGCACAGGACCGAACCGGAACGUCCCGUUUGAACGAGCGACUGUCCCGUCAGGUGGCCAGGGUCUCCGUCGCUCUGGAAGCAUCCCGGGCCGCCGGAAGGGGCCGAGGAAGUUCCUUGCAGGGGCGGCUGCCGCCACGCGAGUUCCACGAAGUUGCGGAGUCGGAGAUCUCCCUGGUCCAGCUCACCGCAGGCUUCCGCCGCGAUGCAGCACGCGAGUCGCCCGUGCAGUCUCGCCGGUCUCCGCGCAGCUCUAGCUCGACCUCCAGGUCGCCACACUCACCCGGGCGAUGCCCGUGGCACGGCUCUGGAGCCGCUGCGCGCUCCGGCGUGGCGCCGUUGUACUACGAAGGCCCUGACCUUCGCUUCACAUCCGAGGCUGCUCAUUCCUUGGAGGCGGCGGGCCUUCAGGUUUCGACUGAGCUGCUGCCCUCGCCAACGAGACUACCAGGUACCUCCUUUCUUCACUACGAGGAUGACUUCCACUGGGCCUUGGCAACCGCGGAUCACAGCCGAACUCCGCGCGGGAUGCAAAGGCGGACGGUGGGCUUCAGUGGCUGA